AUUACUGCUGCAACCACAAAACCAGAAUCCUUAACAACUAAUCGCACAACCAUUCCAAAUCUCACCACAACACCCGAGAACAUUACAAUUACAACAACUACAACAACCAUAAAACCACCCAUUACCGCUGCAACCACAAAACCAGAAUCCUUAACAACUAAUCGCACAACCAUUCCAAAUCUUAUCACAACACCCGAGAACAUUACAACAAACUAA